AUAUAUAUAUAUCACCGUGAGAAAAGUUCGACGCUCCGCCGAGCGCAUACACUGCGGGUCUUAUUAAGCGGGCAGCGCGCGCGCGCGCGCGCGCACGCGGAGAGAAGGACCUUGCGGUUUUCGCGCGCGAGAGAGUAUUCAACCGAAAAUGGCAUUGACGCCCCGAUGCCGCGGAGGCGGCGGCGGCGAGAACCUUUCCGAGGAAUUGGCGAACGAGGAUGAGGGGACCAACGGGAAUAAUUUCGAGCCCUUGAGCGACUCCUGCGGCGAGAGCGAUAUGGAGGGCCUCGACCUCUCCCUCUUCGAGCCGUCAGUCGACGCCGCUUCCUGGUGCGACAGCCGCGUCCACGCUGGAACUCUUCACAUUUUGGUCCAUUACUGCGAGGCCGAAUGCUGCGUCGGCGAGGCCGCCAGCGAGGCAUGCUGGGAACCUUGUUACUGCGUCCUUCUGCAGGACGAGCAGACCCUCACGGCUUACAGGAGCGAGGACAUGGCGCUAUUCGCCGGGACCGCCUGUAUGUUCAAGUCGCACAACAAGUUGGGCGACGCGAUGUUUGUCGAGUUGCCACGCGUCCGCCUGGACGGCGGCGCACGUGCUUUUCGGCAGCAUUGGGGCUACGAGACGCGACCGUUGGCACCACCACCGCCGCUGAUCGAGGAGGACGAGGCAGCCGUCGAGCCAGAAACUGUCAGCCUUCGGGAAGCCAACACCGCAUCCCCGAUAGGUGAGUCAAAGUCCCAGUCUUUGCCAAGAGGCUUUCCACCACAAAUAAUAGUACAGCAGAUUGAUGAUGAAGGUGAGUCUAAAAGCAGAUCCUUACCUAGAACUGCUCGACUAGAACGAGACCGCAAUGUCCGAGAUUAUCAGAAAAAUAUUUGAUAUGGUUACGGAUAAAGAUAAGUUUGGUUCCAACCUGGCACAAGCGCACGUUUAAAUAUCAGAUAAUAUCGGUGUGUCAUGGCAUUCGCUUGUUCAAACAGCGAGACAGACAGCACCUAUGCGGUUUCGUUCCGCUUGAACGGUAGAACAAGCAUAAAAGCGACUUCGCACAUGCGACAAGCCGCGGGACCUUUCUCUCAGAGCAGAAAACGGGAGCAAUGCUCGCUAUGUCGACAAGUUUGUCCGCGAUUCUUACCUUUGCGAUCUGUACUUGAAGAAUUUUUUUUGUACAAAUAUCGGAGGAGGUCUGGGAUGAAUUACAAAACUCUUAAAUCUAAUAUAAAUAAUCAUAAUAGAUUAGAAUAAAUUAGCAGGAUUAACACAAAAUGCGAGAUUUUAAGUAAGUUUGAUCGAACUAGUGAUUCUUUAUUUUGUUUAAUUGUUACAAUCGUUCUUUUCGUUAAAAAUUAUUAGUAUGCUAAUACUUAAUCGUAUAUUCCUGUGGAAAUUUUAAUUUUUCAAGCUUGGCGAAAAAUCUAUAAACUAUUGCGUGUAAGACAGGAAACAUGGAGUUAAACGUUUGUGGCCUGUUCGGAACAAAUCGGCUGUGUCGCUUUUCUUUCCCGCUGCUAUCAUCGUUUUAGCCCGUCGUCGAGCCGUCUUCGUCAU